AAGGAAACACCAGCGGACCAGCACACGCUAGCCAAGACCUGAGCAAGACACACUCUCCAGCUAGGAUCAGCAGGGCAAGCAGCACAGCACAGCAGCAAUGGCCACCAUCAGCGCCGCCGUGGCGACCACCGUCGUUGCCCGUGCCGUAAUCACCAGGCCGCAGGCUCUAGGUCUGCCUCAGCUGAGCACGAGGAGCCAGAGGGUGAGGUGCAGCUACUCCAAGGACGCCAAGGAGGCGACCCCGGCCGCCGCCGUCCGUGGCGCAGGCGCGUCCCUGCUCGCUGCGGCGGGUGCGGUGACCGCGUCCGCGGCGCCAGCGUUGGCGCUCGUCGACGAGCGGAUGUCGACGGAGGGCACCGGGCUAAGCCUCGGCCUGAGCAACAACCUGCUGGGGUGGAUCCUCCUCGGGGUGUUCGGCCUCAUCUGGUCACUGUACACCGUCUACACCUCCGGCCUCGACGAGGACGAGGAGUCCGGCGGCCUCUCGCUCUAAGCCUUCUCAUGUAAUCCCCGUGUAAUCAUGGCAACGGUCGGUGUAAUGUAAUUCCAGACAUGGAUAUCUGUAUCUAAGUUGUUUCCAUUC